AUGGCCUCAUCAUCCUCUUCUACCAUCGAACUCUCGGAACGAGAUGAAAUGAAAUUCGUCAUGCUCGGUACCGGAGCUGUCGGAAAAUCAUCCAUUACUCUUCAGUUCAUUAAAGGUGAAUAUCGUGAUUCAUACAAUCCAACCAUCGAAGAUGCCUAUACGAAACAAUGUUCCGUGGAUGGUCGAUCCGUGAAAAUUAAUUUAUUAGAUACAGCAGGACAAGAAGAAUUCACUGCCAUGAGAGAUCAAUACAUGAGAGAAGGAGAUGGAUUUGUUCUCGUCUAUUCAGUGACAGAUGCUUCCUCUUUCCAAGAAGUUCAAGAUAUAUAUGGUCAAUUAUUACGAUCACGUGAUGUCGGCGAAGAAGGAAUUCCAGUUGUCUUUCUCGGCAAUAAAUGUGAUCUCAGCAAUGAAAGAGCAGUUUCUUACAAGACUGGAGAAGAAUUUGCCAAACAAUUUGCAAAAACUAAAUUCUUUGAAACAUCUGCCAAAGCAAAUAUUAACAUUGAAAAUGCAUUCCAUGCACUUGUAAGAACAGUAAGAAAGGAUCGAAAUGGAGAAUUUGAUCAGGAAGUCAUUGAGGAAGAACCUGUGAAAGAACAACACGAUAAUUCUUCGCAAAAAUCAAAGAAAGGAUUUGGAGGUUUAUUCAAUUCGUGUGGAAAACAAAAUGCAGAGAGUGAUUUGGCUGCAUUUCAAGAAUCGAACAAGCAGUAA